AUGGAUGAUAUCGGACAUGUUCUACAGGCGAAUUACGCCCACACUUAUGAAGCUGAGAGCUCGAACGGAUCCAAACGCACGAUCCGAAUAAAGCCUGGCGACAAAUACAUUCUUCUCAAGAAGACAAACGAUGACUGGUGGGAUGUCAUCCCUUAUGAUGAGGAUCCCGGCGUGAAGCAUUUUUAUGUCCCAAGUACAUUCGUAAAGCCCGUCGAUCGACCCAAAGUCGAAGCUUCAGACCAUCCAGACUUUAACAAACAGCUCCGAAAGAUCAGAAAAGAACAAACUCGUCGUCCACAGUCAACAUUUAUCGACGGCGCUACUCUCGCAUCGCCAACUGGUCAUGAAUCUUUCAACUCGAGUCUUUCCCCUCAUCAAGUCAGCUAUGAUCAGCGCCGCUCGACAAGUCCCAAUCCGAAGACAUUUGUGGACAUGAGUACCUCUACCCUUUCUACCUCCCAAGAGCACCUGGACGAAAUGUCGAACGCGCUAACUCUCGGUGUAGCUGCCCUCCCGUCCGGUAUCGCUGGACGAGUCACGCCAGUCGUCCCCGAUCGCGCUUUGAAACCGCGAAACGAUCCGUACGCAGAUAUGGACAUUCGCUGUACGACGCCCGAUCCAAUGCGUCCGAUCUCACCAGAUUAUGAAGAUGUGCUUUAUUAUGAGCCUCCAGCAGUGACUGACGAUGAGAACAUUGAUAGCUCCGGUCCCAAAAAGAAAACAAGGGGCGGAAUGUCGAUGACGAAAAGGACGCGUCAGAGGCUAGCCGAAGCGCCGGCCCCAGUAAAGGUUCAUCAGCGAACGACCUCUGCUACCUCGGAAAGUGACGUCUUCAGUGGUGAAAUAUCGAAUAUAAGACCAGAAGGAUACCGCUUUGAAGUGCGAGAUUCGAAAAAAGCCUGGGUCAAUGUUCAAUCUGGCGAGGUUUGGUUGGAAGAGUAUCAAAAUCAAACUGGAGAUGUUGUCUACUAUAACGAGAAGUCUACGCAGCUUCUCUCCGAACUUCCUUCGCCGAAAGCUGAAGAGCCGAGUCCAGUUAAUCUUGUUUUCAAAGAAGGAUCCAUCCAGUGGGCCAAAUUUGAAGGGUCAAAAAAGGCAAGCAAGCUCAUUUCUGGCUGGGGAAUGAUCUACGGAGAUCAAUUUCUCAUUCAUAAAAAAGCUCCGCCAAGAAGUAACAACGGCACGAUUUUGUUCGGCAAAGCAGAUGAACCGCUGAUCUCCAUUAAACUUCACAAAUGCGAGUUGCGACAAGACUCUGACAGAUAUAAGAAAGAUGAUCCCGUUGGUCACAUCAUCGACAAAUCGAGAAAGGAGCAUUUUGGCGUGAUCUUUUCUAACUCGAGUGAAAGUAAUGACUGGUUUCAUCAUCUGCAUAUGCGUGCCUCACAAUUUGAAGGGCCAAGCUAUAAGAAAGCCUCUCAAAAAAGAGCGACCUUCCGUCUGCGAUCGGUGAAGAAGUCUGACCCGGCACAAAUCCAAAAAGAGCUCUCAAAAGUCACUCUUCAGCGAUCAAAAAGAAAGUCCAUCGAUAAAGAAGAAAAUGCAAAGCAGAGUACAUGGGAUUCCUGGUUCCGAAGGCGCCCGAAUAGAGACAAACUCGUCAAAAACGGAAUAAUCAAAACAAACUACUUUGGAACUACUCUCGCCGAUCUCUACAUUCGCGACAAGCUGAUGGUUCCGCAUUUCGUGAAUUGGUGCAUCGAAAGAAUUGAAACUGACCUCACACAAGACGGCAUUUAUCGUGUCGCUGCAAAUCAAAGUACUGUACAUUCCCUAAGGAUGCAGGUGGAUCAAGGAGUCGAUGCAGAAAAAUGGAAAUAUGGAAAUGACACUCAUGUCCUAUGUGGCACCCUCAAGAUGUCGACCGAAACCGAGACUUCCGUAGAUCAUCUCGGCGUUACCGUCCUUGAGCGUCGGAGAACUGAUAUUCCUCAAUGGUUAGAAAAGCUCAAGCUUGGCUGGCUCCUAGAGACGGACAAUGCACAUGAGCUUUUCGAUAAUCGCCCGCUGUUAGAAGAACUGGAUAUUGAUCCAGCGGAAAUUUGGUACAAAAUACGCUGUAUUCUGUUGCCAGUUUUUAUAUCCAAGUGGGGCUAUCAAAAGCACGUUCUCCGCGAUAAUCCAGACUUCUGGGGCCCUUUACUGAGCGUCACCAUUUUCUCCGCGAUUUCUGUUUGGGGACAGAGCCACGUUGUUGGCUGGAUUUAUACGUUUUGGUUUUGUGGUUCUGGAUUGAUAUUUGCACUUGGAAGAGUUCUUGGAGGAGAUGUCACUUACUCCCAAUGCUUGAGUAUCAUUGGAUACAGUUUACUCCCACUUUCGACAGUGUGUUUUACGAUGAUGCUGACAGGAAGCACAAAUGGAAAUGGAAUGAGCUUCCUCGGAUACAUCCUCUGGCUGUUAGGCAUCACAUGGUCCUCUUAUUCCGCAGCCUCUCUUCUCGUUGCCGACGAGUUUCUCGACAAAAAACCUCUGAUCGCCUAUCCAAUUAUUCUCCUGUACAUCUACUUCAUGCAUUUUUUCACUGGUGUUUAA